CCUACCGAUCCCCUUCCGUCGUCCCCCGUUCUUCUCCCUCCGUCCGACCGUCCCUCGACAGUGCCGAGGCGGAACCUAGCAGCCGCCCGCCGCCCCUCGCCCCCAUCCACCAGCACAAACGCAAUCCGCAAGGGCCAAUCGACCGCCGGCCGCUGCGGCGCAGCCGCGCCGCCAGCCUCCUGGCCCGGCCGUCCAGCGCCUAAGCCAGGGGCGGCAACCAGCGCGCAGCGCGGGCCGCCGGCCAGCCGCCCGCGCCCAUUCACGCCAGCUGUUCAUCCAGUAGGAAACGGCCGCAAGGAAUACGGAAGAGGGAAGCCGCAUCCGGCCACUGACUCCGAUCUCCCGCUAGUCAACCCCAGGUAGACCGGUCCUCCUCGCCUGACCACGACGGCCAUCUCGCACGCCUACUUCCACGUUCCACCCAACUAGACAAGUCUUCUCUCCCAGGCCUAACCUUCCUCCCCGCGGCGCCGCCUCUACUGGUAUUGCACUGGCGUGCCCCGACGCGGAAAGACGUGGAGAUCCACCGAAAAUUGGAUUGAUUUCUUCCUUCCUCGGUGAGGAACUCUCAAACCACCCUGCUAGGUUCUCCAUCCUCAGCCUGCGCAAGAUCCGUUUGAGUUGGCCGCCCCCCAGUGGACUACCCAAGGUGCGGUGGCAUCCACCCAGGGCAGGUUGAAGAUACCUGGGUUGGGUAAGUCGGAGCAUAGAAUAAGGGUGGACUGCUAUUGAUUUUCCAUACAUAGGAUGGAAUCCUUGUGGAAAUUGACCUACUUGCUCGAGCCGGCAUCGCUUGCUCUAAUUGCCACAGCCAUUUCUGUGGCCUAUGCAUCAGCAUCGCGUGCUCUGGACUAUGGCAAAGAGAUGGAGAGAAACUUGGAUUUUUCAGAGGCUUCCAUUACAUUGGAUCGGUCACAGGCUCUAAUGAUUCCCCUUGCAAGCUCAUGCAGUCUGUUGCUAAUGUUCUACUUGUUCUCGUCUGUCUCACAUCUCGUGACUGCUUUUACUGCUGUGGCCUCAGCAAUGGCAUUGUUCUUUUGCCUGUCUCCACACAUCACCUAUCUCAAGACACAGUACAAUCUAAUGGACCCAUUCGUGUCCAGGUGUUGUUCAAAGCCGUUUACACGGUUGCAAGGUUUGCUGAUGCUCUUCUGCAUAGCCACAGUCUUAGCCUGGUUGGUUUCAGGGCAUUGGUUGCUAAAUAACCUACUGGGGAUUUCCAUAUGUGUAGCAUUUGUCAGCCAUGUGAGGCUUCCCAACAUAAAGAUCUGUGCGCUGCUUCUUGCCUGCUUAUUUGUGUAUGAUAUUUUCUGGGUGUUCUUCUCAGAAAGGUUUUUUGGAGCAAAUGUCAUGGUCUCUGUUGCCACUCAGAAGGCAUCUAAUCCUGUUCACACAGUAGCAAAUAAGCUCAGCCUGCCCGGGUUGCAGUUGAUUACAAAGAAGCUGGAGCUUCCAGUCAAGCUUGUAUUUCCCAGGAAUUUGUUGGGUGGUAUUGUUCCAGGAAGCAAUCCUGGUGACUACAUGAUGCUUGGCCUUGGAGACAUGGCCAUUCCAGGGAUGCUUCUAGCUCUGGUACUCUUUUUUGAUAACCGGAAGUUCAAGGAUGUGAAUGUUCCAUCAGAUGUGUCUCCCCCAAAACGGCGGAAGUAUGUGUGGUAUGCUCUAACAGGGUAUGGUAUUGGCUUGGUAGCUGCACUAGCUGCUGGGAUCUUGUCUCAGUCUCCCCAACCAGCCUUACUGUACCUGGUGCCAUCGACACUGGGGCCUGUCAUGUACUUGUCAUGGUUACGGAAUGAGCUGUGGGAGCUAUGGGAAGGGUCUGGGACGAUUCUAAACGAGAAAGCUCGUUUGCUGGAGGUCUGAGAUCCAAGUGGACAAUAAAAAGGAUCUGAGCCCGCCGUAAUUGAAUCUAAUUAAACAUUAGUUGAGCUCCUCAUACUGAAGGAGAGUAUUUAUAAGCUAGAAUGUUCUAGUCAUGUAAGCUGCUACGCAGUUGCCCUCGCAAGAGGAAACACAGACAAAUCAUGUAACUGUUUGUAAUAGAAAGGUUCAGUUCAAUACA